UUGAUUAUUUUUCCAACAUUUUCAAAUCCCGAGUUAUAUAUUCUACCAUAAUAUACAAACGUAUGUUAAUUAUAUCUAUUAUACCCAGUAAAAUGUAAUGCUAGUCGUUUUCGUGUCUACACAGUUCGCAUAAAUAAUCUUAUAAUUUAAAUUAAGCUGUGCUGAUUUAUGUCUGCGUGAUGCCUAUAUGUCUUUAUUUCAUAAUAAGCUGCUCGUUUUUAUUUAUUCUGGCCCUCUGAGCAUAUUUUGUGUAUGGAACCUAGAUAUAUUUGGGAAGGAUUUUUCAUUGGCAGUCGCCCUUUGGUCGACAGUCGAUAAACGAUAAACUUUAACGUCAUGCUUUAUGCCAGAUGUUUAUUUCAAUCAAUCGAAUCCACCAAUCUAGAGGCAUCGCUCGUCAACACAUUUAAUCAACAUUUGGCAGAGUUACAAACAUUAUUUCAAGUCGCCUUCGUGGUAACUUUAUGAAAAUUCUGACCGUGAGCCUGACAGGUUUUAAGAAGAUUUUUUUUCUGUCCGAUAGCCAAUCUUCAAAUACUUGUACGGGUACAUUUGCGGGAGAGGUUUUUGGAAGAGCGUUGGUCUGUUGGAAAAUAAUACACGAACGCAUAUGGUCUUUCUUCCAAUAGUUCAUGGUUAUCGCAAGCGUGUAACAUUACUCGAUAUUAAACGAAAAUUUUGUGAGUACACAAAAAUGACAUGUUUCAAAAGACAGUUCAUGAAAUCAACAGCUUUAUUCCUUCUUUGAAUGUAAUGAAAUGUAUUUCUUCACAAUUGUCUUAUUGUGAAUUUACUCGAAAAUAAUUAUUUCAUGACGAAAUAUGUUAUAAUAUAUAUUUUACCUCUGCCUCUGUGAUUACGUAACACAAUACCAUUCACCAAAUAUUAAGUACUGGUUUACGAACAAUAGAUAUUGUAAUAUCAUGACGAGAUUGUGCAGUCAUGAUACAAUGACCUCACUAAAAACGAUCUGCUGCAGUCAUAUAUAUACACGGGAAGACCCGAGUAUGAGAUCAGAACGUCUUGGUAUGCAAUACACCAUGUACUGACAGCAGAGAUGGUAUCUCACACGUGAACAGCUUACGGAUACGAAUACUGAGUAAACGUUUAAAGUACAAUUGUCAAUGGAUAGGACGGGUGUUUACAUAGUGGUAUGUGUGGCCAGCAUCAGCGGUGUGUUGGGCCUGUAUCGUCACACAUACUCCGCCUGCUAUGGGAUCACUACAGACAAUUUCAUUAAGGCUUCCUGUCCCGGCGAUGACGAGAGGAUCGUGAUGGAUUCCGUGUAUGCCUACGCGAAACCUUUGUCAUCAAAUUGUCCCCAAGUUAUGACCAGUGCAGCGACUACCCCGGAGUCAUGCUGUCAGUACGAUACUGGCGACUGUGGAUUUGAGUACGAUGGCUUCAACAAGAAUACUUAUUUUGAGAACUGUCAUGGCCGAACCACGUGUUCAUGGACGCCCGUUGCCUGGGCCAACACGCCCUGUAACUCCUCGAUAUAUAUCGCUCGGACAAAUUAUAUGGCGGUCUACUUUUACUGUAUAUCAGAAAAUGAUGUGAAGGACGUAAGUGAUGACGGAAGUGUCAACACCACUACUGCCCUACUGCUGAAUCCUGGGUAUGAGUCUGGCAACGACACUGGCACUUUGCCAGCAAACUCGUCAUACAAAUGUUCUGUAUCAGCAUCGUGUGCCACGAGUCUCAAAAUACGAGCCCUUAAUUUAAAUUUUACGGAAAACGGGGGAAUUUGUGGACAAUCGCUGACCAUAACAGACGGAACCAACACACAAGUUUUAAUGUGUGAUUCGAACACCAACUACCUUCCCUACGACCUGAAUAUCGGAAACAAUACUCAUUAUCUCGAAAUACAAGUAAACAACACUUUGAAUACGGACUCUGGGUAUUUUCUUCUCCAGAUUGGAAGCGACCAUGGUGAUGAUACUGUGACGUUAGCGUGUGGAACAUCUGUAGGGGAAGGAAAGGUACCGGCUGAAGAUCUGCCUGCUUGUUCUAAUACAACAACAACCACGGACAAAACUACCGAUACAACCACAGUGUCUACGGACAAUACUACCGAUACCUCAACAGUAUCCACUGGCAACACCACUGACAUAACAACAUCCACGGACAAUACUACCGAUACAACAACAGUAUCCACUGGCAACACCACUGACAUAACAACAUCCACGGACGAUACUACCGAUACAACAACAGUAUCCACUGGCAACACCACUGACAAUAACACCGGAACAAUAACAUCCUCUCACAAUAACAUCAAAACAACGCUUUCGUUGGGACUAACACCAAAUGUUCUAGCCCCAGCACCAACACAAUUACCAGUAGAUGAAGGAGGAAUACCUCUCUGGGUCAUCCCUCUUGUCGUUCUGGUGGUACUCUUUGUGAUUCUUAUCGUAUUGGUCCUCUGCAAGAAUAGAAUAAAGGACCUGUAUUUCAAAAAGUGCAAGUCUGCUAUACAUCCCGAUACAGAAACGAGCCCUCCUGAAUCGGAUGAAUGUGCUCUAUUUGCCUCCUUUGAGAAACCGGUAUUAUCUCAAGUGGCCCCUGUGUCCCAAUUUAUGAGUUCUCUCCCUCUUCCUGCUUUAAAUGGAAGGCAGAAACUUUCUCCAAUUACCCAAACGUCAAUUUCUGAGGGGAAAGGGGGAAAGGCAGAAUCACAAAAAGGUACAAAGACAGGUAAACAUAAACACAAGAAGAAAAGGAAGCACAAAGGUGACAAAAAGAAGAAAAAUGAUGCGUUUGAGGUUACACAGAUCGAUGAUCUUAGGACAUCUAUAAAGUCUACAUCUGUAACUAUAGACGUGGUUACAGUGACCUAGUACAAACACUGGACCUUCGUACUCCGGCGUAUAGAAACAAUGGUAAAUUUUGCUUUGAAAGCACAAAUGUAUAGUUCGAUAUCAAUUAUUGUUAGAGACGUUAUGCUACAUAAUGAGACACGUGUCAAAACCAAAGUUUAAAAACGAUAAACAUGUUUGCUAUAAAAUAGCUAGCAUUAUGUUUUUAAUUGUUUCUAUUUUUUGUAAAUGAUAUAUGACUGCAAUCAUCAUAUAUGGAGGCAUUCGGUGUGGUGUCCGUUCACGCCGAUCUAGGUUUCUAGUCAUUGGCUAAUUUUCUUCGUCGUUUUUGUUUCUGUGAUAUAUCAAAUUGAUAAAUAUGUCUUUUGGUUUGUUACGGCCCAUCGAAAAUUUGAUUCAUUUAGGUGCGUCAUAGUAAUAAACACAAUAUAUCUUAUACACUAUUUGUUCCGAAGGUUUCAGAUUAGAAGUAUCGGUCGUAAUUGUGUUGUGUCUUGUAUAUUUGGCUUUAGUUCCCCAUGUUGGACAAUUCAGUGCCAAAAUCUUUUGUAUCACAGACAGAAGUAUGUUUU